AGAUAAUUUUAAUUUUGGGGUGAAAUCUCCCUUUAAUAGCUACUGUUAAUGUAUUAUUUCAGCAUUAAUAUCACCCAACAUUACUGUAGCCAAACAUUUUUAUAUUUUAAUGUAUUUACAACACAGUUGAUAACCUUGUGCCACUCUGAAAAUAUAUCUGGACACUGUGGCCAUACCACUUAAAAAAAAUGAUCCUAAUCUGGGCUGGACUGGUAAUCUGGCAUACCAGGCAUUUUAAUCUGGCUCCCUAAAGUUUUUUCGGACACAAAAAAUCAAGCAGAAUAUCUAGAUUGUGCUAUUUUCUAUACAUAGGCUACCUGUGGUUGUUGUCAAGCUCCAAAAAUUACAAGAGAACAAUGUUGGGAAGCUACUUUCAAACUGUAGCUUCCCAAGAAGAAAUCUUAAUUUAAAGAAAUUGAACAUUUAAAAAACGUUGCUGGCUACACUGCAAUCUAUUCAUAAUGGGGCCUAACUAUUGAAGCUUUUUUUAUUGUAAAAAUAGUGGUGAACAGCAGCAUUUAACAAAAUAUCCAGCAGCAAAUGAGACUUUAAAAGAUGUUGAGACAAUUCUGCGUGAAACCAGAGUAUUUCCAGAGACGGGCCACUUCUAUUUAAAUUAAUGAGAGAUGGGGAACGCCCAACCAAUGUGCGUCCAAAGGCCCAAACGGAUUUAGAAAGGAAGUCCCGCCUUACAGUAAUCGCCAAUCAAUCGACUCGAGGGAGCGCAUGCGCAUUGGCUAAACAAGCCUGGAAAAUUGCGUUUUUCAUCAUACGAGGUAAAGAAGCGUAAUUUAUUAAACCAUUUUUGUAAGAUUUCACUGUUGAUUUGAAAUAUGUUCUUUGAUCGUAAUCUUGGCCAACUGUUUUUGAGAUUUCUGUGUCUCCCCAUUCAAAAAGAUAGGAGCUGCACUGUAAUGACUGGAAAUAGCCUCCUGAGCGUUCCAAAGAUGGCUGGCAGUGGACUGAUUUGCUAGAAGAUGUGGUGAAACUCAAUGAAUCAUGAUUGAUCCAAUCAAAUCAGACAUUCCAAAUGGUUCAAAUUUAGGGAUAAUUUGCGGGCAGGUGUCAUUACACCUGCACGCAAUGUAUCAAGGCAGAUCGGCCCUACAUGUUUUGCCAUAUUAGAGAUCGUAACGGUUAUGUUACGAUAGUAAGAAAGUGCGUUGCAGACACCAUACAAAUGAAUGGUAAGAGCCGUAAACUGACACCUACCUGUCGCAAAAUUGUCAUUGUCUUCUGUUGUAAAACAGCGAUUUAAUCGUAGUAAACUCCACACAUAGUUAAUUCGUAAAUAACGAUUUAGUGUAAAACAUGUUGAAGUUUAGUGGACAGUUCAUUAAGUGAUGGGCUGCUUCCUUACAAAAGCAGUUUAUUCAGCGUACCGAAGCAUUUCCUUCGUAUACAUUCAUAAAAAUAAAAAACAAAAAACUGUGUACUACUGGUUGUAGAAGGGCUCUGGCACUGCUCGAAACAAUGACUUCAUACUCCAGUCAGCUGACCUGUGUCAUUUGAUCCAAAAUGUCUAAUGCGGAACUACAGACUGAAAAACAUCACUUUUAUAUUUUGAUAGACAUUACACUCGUCGUUUUAUAGUUUGUGUUAAAUGCACACAAUUAUUAAUCGACUGACCAUUUGUUAUUCUCAAAUAAUUAUCGCCGGUUUGGGAAGUGCUUUCAUUCAUUUUUUUUGGAAUGAUAGCUCAACUAACUCGUGAAUAACUAAACUGCAAGUUUACAAAUAUACAAACUCAAGAUGAAAGAAACAAUUUUUCUGUUUCUCAUAAUGCUGUCUGUCUGCGCGCACAUGGCGUUCGGUGAUGCAGAAGUGUCCCUCAAAGCUCCAGAAAUAGUUAAUCUGCAGCAAAAAUCUUCACAAAACAUCACCAUUACACUGAGUAAGCCGUUGAACACUGCUAUAACAGUUUAUUUCAACAUCACAUAUAAGUCAAGAAAUGUCUCUUUAAUAAUUCAACUUCCUGAUGAGGUUGUUGUGCCAGCAGAAAACACAUCUGUAUCUUUUGAAAUGCGUGCGGAGGGGGUUGGUCAGGUGACCAUUUACCUUUACAGCAAUGACACUCGCAUAAAAAGCUAUACAACUCGAAUCAGAUUCUUGAUUGUCAGAAGCAACAUUCUUUUUAUUAUCAACCAAAUAAUUGGCUGGAUUUACUUCCUGGCCUGGUCUGUGUCAUUCUAUCCACAAGUAUUUGAGAACUGGAAACGACGCAGUGUGGUGGGCCUCAGCUUUGAUUACCUCGCUCUCAACCUAACUGGAUUCAUCGCUUACAGUGUGUUCAAUGUUGGCUUGUUCUGGGUGCCGUAUAUACAGGAGGAGUUUUUGAGUAGUGAUCCGAAUGGAGUCAAUCCUGUCGAUGCCAAUGAUGUCUUCUUCAGUCUUCAUGCUGUAGUUCUCACUCUCGUCUAUAUCUGCCAGUGUGCCAUCUAUGAGAGAGGUGGGCAAAAGGUUUCCAAAGUGGCCAUUGGCUUGUUAGUGAUUAGCUGGACCUUUGCGUUUGUCACCCUGAUUGUUGCAGUGGUGCGGAAGAUCUCCUGGCUGGAGUACCUUUACUACUUCUCUUAUAUUAAACUGGGUAUCACAAUUGUAAAGUACAUUCCUCAGGCUUAUAUGAAUUACCGCAGGCAGAGCACAGAGGGGUGGAGCAUUGGUAAUGUGCUGCUCGACUUCACUGGUGGUAGUUUUAGUUUGAUUCAGAUGUUCCUUCAGGCCUAUAACAAUGAUAAAUGGAAGUUUAUAUUUGGGGACCCAACAAAGUUUGGAUUGGGUGUGCUAUCCAUCUUUUUUGAUGUUGUGUUCAUCAUACAACAUUAUUGUUUGUAUAGAAACAGAAAACCACAAUACCAUGAUUUAGAUGAUCAGAAAUAGAGUAUGAUCACCUCACCACUGGCCUUAAAACAUGAAAUGGAACAUGUUAAUAGAGAUUCUGGUUUGAUGAAGGUUUGAUGAAUAUAAAAGUGUGAACCAUCUAUAAAAGGGAAAUAUAUAUAUAUGUAUGUCUUACACCAAAGCCUUCAUCUUUUAAAAGCAUAUCUAAUUUUAUAUUAGUCUAUAUUUUUGUAAAUUUGUAUGGUAGAUUGCAUUAAAUUGAUACUGUGUCUUGGCUGAAUAGUAGGCUACUAAUUUAAAGAAUAAAGUGUUUAAUUAAACACUGCUA